ACUUUGGUGCACUUAUUCUAUGUUAAAAAGCACAGUAAAGAUAAAGAAUAACAUAGAUAUUCGAACGUACAAUAACCUGAUGGCAUUUUUGAAGAGACGCUCGGACGGAUUCACUGGCCGAAAAUCAAAAGUAUUGAGUCCAUCCGACGUGGAGAAGUUUUUGAAAGAAGCUCCUGAUUAUCAGUACUUUGCAGCAAAGGUUGCGUUAAUAUUCGGCGUAACAGGUGCCUGUAGACGUAAAGAACUUAGUGAUAUAACGACUCAAGAUAUAGAAACCCACGGCAAAAUGCUUCUUGUAAAAAUUAAAAAUACCAAAAACAAAAUUCCACGAAUUUUCACGAUAGAUGGCCCGUUCUAUGAAAUAGUUAAACAGUAUCAAGCUCUACGUUCACCAAAUGCCAAAUCUGACCGAUUUUUCCAGAAUUUUCAAAAAGGGAAGUGUACAGCACAACCUAUUGGCAUUAAUAAAUUUGGUGCCAUGCCAAAAGAAAUAGCCAAAUAUUUGGACUUGCCUGACGCAGAUUCCUACACUGGACACCGUUUCAGAAGGACUUCGGCUACUUUACUAGCUGAUUCGGGGGCCGAUGUAUUGACCGUAAAGCGUCAUGGCGGAUGGCGUUCAGACGCAGUCGCCGAGUCUUAUGUGGAAGACUCAUUACACAAUAAGGCAAAAAUUGGUAAAAAAAUCACACGGGCUAUAAAUUUGGAGCAACCGGCAAAAAAGGUUUGCCCAGAGUCGCGGCCCGGAACAUCACGCGACAGCGGCCCUGAUUUCUUGUCGUCUCCUGCUCGUGCCUUAACACAACCAUCAAACUCCAUCGAAAACAAUUGUUCGUCGCCGACAUUCACCCAAGAGAAUGAAAUAAAUAACAACAUUACAGAAACCGUAAUGCCAAACAAAACUGUUCAGUACCGUUUUGAAACCUGUACUUUUACUAAUUGUUUAAAUAAUUAAAAUUUGACUAAAUGAAGUCUUGUUUUUUCCUCGCAAGUGUGUUGAAAAACGCCGUAUGAAACACGUGUGCCUGUGACCAUUAUAUACGCGGCUUUCUUAUGGCGCAAUCGCUUUCGCUCGUGCGCACACAAUAUCGCCUGGUGUAUAAUGAUCAACUUAGCACACUUAUAUCAUAAUGUACUAUUUGAAUGUAAUUAAGAACAAAGUCUGGAAAAUUGUGUUUUCUAGGGAAUUAUAAAUUGUUUCUAGCAAUAUUUAUUUUCGUAUAAUUUUCAACUUUUUUGCAUGUAGUACAUAAUUAAUAACUGUAUAAUUUGUCAACUAUAACUACUAGGAGUAAAAUAAGCACAUGAAAUUCCAUUAUUAUCCAAAGUUUUUUUUACUUUUUAACCUAGAAAAACCCCGGGCAAUUUAUGUGGUUCUGAAUUUUGAACUUUCUUAUAAGAGUUCAAAACCCGAAAUUAACUUGUACAUCGGGCCUAGGAUAAAUUUGAAAAUAUUACAACUAAACACUUUUCGUGUUCGAUUUACGAAUAGGUGUAAUAAUGCAUUUAAAUAAACCGUAUUUAAGAAAAUAAGUAUUUCACCAGCUAUCUCAUCCUAUCAAAAAAAUAAACUGCCAGAUUCGUGCGUCCAAAUUAAGCACACCGUAUUGGAUUGAUUUAAAAGGAUUUAUCCUUUGAUAAAUUGAUAUCGCCACAAUAGACGCACUUUGUUCCCGUAAAUUGAUUUAGUGUAUCGCUGCCGCUUCCCGCUGACAACGGCUAUUUGCCUGCAUUGUCUUCCAAAGUUAUGAACUAUCUGCAUUUUGCCUCGAUUGAUUUACAAGCACAGAUUCAACAAUAGAAUUACUAAGGCUUUGAAAAAUGGCGUUAAAGCCGCGUAGAGAAGUAAUAACAUAAUAAUUUGUAGCUAUUUUGGA